CACGUCACGGUCCGCGGUUUAUACUCUGAGCUCGCGCUUUUGUCUUGCACCAUCAUGCGCGACACUGCCCGCCAUGCUGCCCUACAUCAAUGCUCCUUUCGCAUACAUUGCGAACCUGCUCGGAGCUUCGACCGAUGAGCUCAAGCUCAUUGCUUCCUUCCUCAUCUCCUACCCUCUGGCUGGCGUGUUGAAGCGAGUGCCCGACUCCAAGCCAUGGCAGAAGAACGCCUUCAUCAUAGCCGUAUCGCUGUUCUACCUCAUCGGCCUGUUUGAUCUGUGGAAGGGCCUGCGUACCCUGGCCAUCAGCUCGGCCGGCGCCUACGCCAUCGCCAAGUAUGUCCAGGGCCCGCUGAUGCCCUGGAUCGGCUUCGUCUUCCUCAUGGGCCACAUGUCCGUCAACCACCUGGACCGCCAGUUCCGCAAUGAACCCGAGAACGUCGAUAUUACCGGCGCCCAGAUGGUGCUCAUCAUGAAGCUGACGGCCUUUUGCUGGAACGUCCACGAUGGCCGCUUGCCCGACAGCGAGCUCUCCGAGUUCCAGCGCGACCGUGCCGUCCGCGAGCUGCCCUCGAUCCUCGACUACACCGGCUACGUACUCUUCUUCCCCUCGCUCUUCGCGGGCCCCGCCUUCGACUUUGUCGACUACCGCCAGUGGCUCACAACCAGUAUGUUCGAGCUGCCGCCGGGCGUCGACCCUGCUAAGGCGCCGCCGACGCGCAAGAAGCGCAAGAUUCCGCGCAGUGGCACGCCCGCCACAUGGAAGCUUGUCAUCGGUCUUGUGUGGAUCUUUGCGUUCCUUCAGUUCUCGGGCUGGUACUACCCCUCCCUGCUGCUUGGCGACGAGUACAUGAAGCACAGCUUCCUCAAGCGCGUCUACUACCUGCACAUGCUGGGCUUCGCUACGCGUAUGAAGUACUACGGCGUGUGGCACCUGACCGAGGGUGCAUGCAUCCUGUCCGGCAUUGGCUACAAGGGCGUCGACCCCAAGACGGGUCGCGUCAACUGGAACCGCCUGCAGAACGUCAAGCCGCUGGGCAUUGAGCUGGCGCAGAACACGCACGCGUACCUGGGCAACUGGAACAUCAACACGAACCUCUGGCUGCGCAACUACAUGUACCUGCGUGUCACGCCCAAGGGCAAGAAGCCCGGCUUCCGCGCCAGCAUGGCCACCUUCGUCACCUCUGCCUUCUGGCACGGCUUCUACCCCGGCUACUACAUGAGCUUCGUGCUGGCCAGCUUCCUGCAGACCAUUGCAAAGAACGCGCGCCGCCUGGUGCGCCCCUUCUUCCUCACCCCCGACGGGCAGACCCCGCUCCCCACCAAGCGCUACUACGACAUCUUCACCUGGCUGAUCACGCAGCUCGCGUUCUCCUUCACCGUCGCGCCCUUCAUCUUCCUAACACUCCCCGAGUCGCUCCUUGUCUGGGGCCGCGUCUACUUCUACGCCGUGGUGGGCGUAGCCGCCUCAGUCGCCGCGACCGCCUCGCCCCUCAAGCCGCGCCUCACGCAAGCCCUCAAGCAGCGCAACGCGCAAGGGCAAACCGCGGGACCAGGCGCCGGGGCCGACAACGCCGUGCACGCCUCAGCAGUCGCAUCGGGCGCCGACACCGCCUCUAGCAACGGCAACAAUGCCAGCACCCCCGUUCGCCCGGCCGUGCUCCGCAAAGCCGCGACCGCGGCGCCGGACAUCGGCGUCACGGCGGACGAUUUGCUCGAGGAGAAGAUCCUGGGCGAGGCGCUGGGCGUGCGGCCCGGGCUUAGCAGGGCGCAGAGCGCAGAGACGUUCAUGGGCUUGCCGGAUGAUCCGCAGGGAGACAUGGAGGAGGCGGUGGCGGAGGUGAAGGCGGAACUUCGGAGGCGGAGGGAGCGGGGCGAGAAGGUCACUGGGAUUGAGGACUUGGUUGGCGUGGGGAGGAAGGUUGAGUAGGUGAGUAGGUGGAUUUUGUUUCUGUUGGGGGAGGUAGGUGCAUGAGUGUUUGGUUAAUUGUUGGUUGGAUGUUGGUUGGAUGGGUGCGAGGUUUUUGGUGGGUGGGUAGAUGGGUUGGUGGGCUGGUGCAUGUCUCGAUAAGCAGGUAAAUAGGUGCCUAGGUAGGUAGGUAGGUAGGUAUGCCCGCACACGUGCAUACACACACGCAUACACAUUGUAAGGCAACAAAGCAAAACAAAGCAAAGCAAAGCAACACAAGACAACAAAAAACAAACCCUCUUCAAACCACCCUACCUUCCCC